AUGGAAAAUUCAACUUCGAUUUGCAAGAUUAAAUGUUCACUUUGCCAAAAAGAAUUUAAAACUAAUCGUGGACUUUCAAAACAUAAUAAUACUAUUCGUAAAUUAAAUGAACUAUCGAAAGAGCAAGAAAAAAUACCAGAUUUAAUUGUUACUAAGAUCAAAAAUGAUAUUGUAUAUUUAAUUCAUCGACGACUUGAUAAGAAUUCAAAAAAUACUAGGCUUCAAGCUGUUUCUCUUACUUUUUCUAAAUGCAUUUUUCGUGGAUCUACUAGAUAUCAAGAAUUGUCCAAAAUUCUUAAUAAUACUAAUUGGGGAAUUAAAUAUUAUUCCCAGAAUCAAAAAACCUAUGUUCAAUUAGUAUCACCACAUAAUUUAUCUCAAGAACAGCAUCCAUUGAUUCAAUGUGCUCAAGAAAAAGCAACAAAUAUUACAAUUAAAAAUUUAAAAAAACAAGUCCGAAAACCAAAUUAUCCUUGUGGAGAUGUGAUUAUUGAAUGGCGUAAAAAAAAAGAAUGUGAUGCUAAAAAAAAUAUUUGUCAGGCAGGAUUUAUAUAUAUUCACUUUUUUAUGGCUAAGAAAUAUUUUCAAAAUUAA